ACCACGUGGUGUCACUCAGCAGGUGUCAUGGCGGCGCAGGGAGGUGGUGGUGGCGGCGUGGGUGACGAAGGUCGAAUCGCUCAGCGGGUGGACUCGAAGCGUGCGGGCGAGCUGAGCCAGGAGCAGGUGAACUUCAUGCGCACCGUGGAGCGCGAGCAGCUCCGGCGGAACGUGCACCGCCUGCGAGGGCGCAACAUCGGAGUGGCGCUGGGCCUGGGGGCCGUUGUGCUGGGAAUCUACGGAUACACAUUCUACUCUGUUGGACAGGAGCGUUUCCUCGAUGACAUCGAUGACGAAGUGAAGGCGGCAAAGGCACGCAGUGAGGAGCGCCAUUCCAACAAUUAAACCGACCUCGCACGGCCCUGGGAGCUCCAGCGAAGCUGGUCGAUUGCUUCAGAACAGGACCAAGGAACUCGAUCAAGUCUGAGCAAGUCCCAUCGCUGAACCUCAUCUGGCUGCAGUCGUUCAAACACACGAGGUUUUCCUCCAGCACCGUCUAAAACGUUGACCUCGUUAGUUUUUUGUUGCUGUUAUGGGUCAUUAACAUAAAUGUCAAAAGUGUAUAUCGUAUUCAAGUCUCAUAUAUAUAGGUUCUUAUUAAAGCGUUGACAAUGUUUUGAACCCUCCUUGGGUUAUGGGUUGCGCUAUGGUGAUUAUUAAAGUGAGUGUUACGCACUUUGGGUUAGUGUUGGAAUUCAGGAUUAUUGAGUCACGGUUAGCAUUGGGGCUUUCCUGUGGAUAAUAUAAUUGAUCAUGUAAAAUAAACACAUGACAGAAUGACCCUAUGACUAAACGAUGCAGUGAAGAAAACAAUGGAUCUAAGAGGACUUGAGGCGAUUUGGGUGGGGUGUCUUUCCAGUCGCCAAAACGUCCCAUAUCAGCCCGACUUGUAUUUAAAAAUGUUAAACAUCCGCUGAUGAAUGUAUUUAACAACAAAAAGGUGUAUAUUCAACAAGACUGACAACAGCAAAGGGGGCUAUGCAAAAAAAGUUGACUGGAUUGCUGUGAUAUUAAACAUGCAUUAUUUCUUUAUACGGUAUAUCCAUAAGAUAAUUGUACUGAUUAUGGUACUUCUAAUGUGUAACUGAAAAGUACAUACUUUAUUUAUCAUGGCAACAUGACAUUCUUUGUACAAAUGGCAUUUAUGUAAAUUGUCAUCAUUGCCUUGUUUAUGGCUUAAUGGUUAAUUUGAUGUGUAAUGCAAUAUUGCAUAUUUGGCAAAAUAUUUGCCUCAAUUUAAACCACAGUAAUUUAAGUCAAAUGUUAUUACUUUCUAGAAAAAUAAAUGUCAUGCGAUUAUUAAGAGAUUACAUUGUUGGUGUGGCAUUGCACCAUUGGCUUAAAAGGGACAUUUGAAAGACCAUUACUGCCGUGUUAAUGUGUGUAUACACCGAUACUACACAUGUUAAUCUGAUGUACGACAAUUUCCUCCAUUGCAUACAAUAAAGCGCAGCUUUCUUAAA